ACCGAACCCCGGAAACGAAAGGCUAGCGCUCUCCUUUAUAAGAGCAGGCUCAUCUCCCUUCCUUCCUCGCGCCUCCUCCCAUGCAUUACUUUCCCCGAGAAGAGCCCUCUUGUUCUUCCUCGUCUCCGGCGUCCGAACGCGCCGGCCGUCUCUCCUGUGUGCGCCGCCGCGCAAGGCCUGGAGACGCGAGGGGAAGCACCAAUCCGUGGCGGCCGUGAUCUUUCCUCGCCGGUAAAUCCUUUGUGGAAAUUAAAAUCAAUGGAUUUUGAGGUGAAAGUGGUAGAGUCUUCAUUUGUGGCGCCGAGCGAGCCGACACCGAGGCAGGGGCUCUGGUUGUCUUCCCUGGACAUCAUGUUGGCCAGUAGAGGCCACACACCAACAGUCUACUUGUUUCACUCCGAUGACACCGCGUCCGAUUUCUUCGACGUGGCCAGGCUCAAGGAGGCCAUGGCCAAGGCCUUGGUGCCCUUCUUCCCACUCGCUGGCCGCCUCGCCGUCGAUGGCAGCGGUAGGGUAGAGAUCGACUGUAACGGCGAGGGCGCACUCUUCGUUGUCGCUCGCUCUGAUAUCACUGUUGACGACGAGAUCAAAGACGUCAAGCCGUCGCCGGAGCUAAGGAGGCAGCUUGUUCCACGCAUCGAGCCAUCGUCCGUAGUAUUGGCCGUACAGGUGACGUUCUUCAAGUGUGGAUGGGUGGCGUUAGGGACGGCCCUCCACCACGCCGCCAUCGACGCCAUGAGCGCGAUUCACUUCUUCCAGACAUGGUCGGCCUUCUCCAGGGACGGCGAACGCGCCGCCGUGGAGCCCCCCUGCCACGACCGCACCCUCCUCCGCGCACGGUCCCCGCCCACCGUCCACCCCGACGCUCUCUCGACGUUCUACCCCAAGCUCGCCUUCUCCGAUCCGUCGGGACCUCUCGCCACCAAAGUCUUCACCAUUUCCAAGGACCGGAUCGCCUCGCUAAAGCGCCUGUGCGGCGGCACGAGCACGUUCCGCGCCGUGAGCGCCCUCGUGUGGCGGUGCGCGUGCGUCGCGCGGCGGCUCCCGCCGGAUUCCGAAGCCCGCUUCACCGCCCCGGUCAACAUCCGGCGCCGGGUGAAUCCGCCCCUCCCGGAACGCUACUUCGGCAACGCGUUGGUCAGGGUGGUCGUCGCCGCCGCCGCGCGGGAUAUCACCUCGGAGGCGUUGGCGUCCGUCGCCGGCCGCAUCGGAGCCGCCAUCGGUCGGGUGGACGACGAGCUGGUGCGGUCCGCGAUCGACUACUACGAGAUGGCAGGUACGGGCAGCCAGUCGUCGGCGAAGGGCACCCUGCCGGAGACCGAUCUACAGGUUAUCAGCUGGCUGGGCAUGCCGAUUUACGACGCGGACUUUGGGUGGGGGAAGCCGCGAGUGAUGUCUCGUGCGGAGUCCAACCGCGGCGGGUUUGUUCACCUCAUGAACAACGGGCCGGCAGACGGCGCCGGCGGUGUCAGCGUGCUCAUGUGCAUGGAGGCUGCAAAUAUGAAGGAGCUGGAGCGGCUGCUCUAUGAAGCUCUGGCCAGAUGCUAGUGGCUUUCAUGCGGAAGCUUAUUGGUAUUGUAAUUGUUUCUCUCAGUAGUUGUUGUGCUCAUUCUGAAUUUUUUUUAUAUAACCGGCAGAUUAGUUCGUUUCAAAAGGUUACUCUUUAUUUCUCCUAAAUCUCAACCAAGUGGCAAUCAAUCUAGGAGGAUUAAAUUA